AUGGUUGUUGGACAAAACAAGCGCAUUGUACUUGUGGUUAUCUUCCUCCUCUGCUUCAUUUCUAACCAAGCUAGAGCACGGACACUGAAAGAAAAAAGCAAAAUUGUAGGUAGCACUAGUACAGCUCAUUAUAAGGAAGUGCAUGAUCCCAUAUUUAAACCAAAAGAAGAUGAAGAUAAUGCAGGCGGUGAAAUGUUUUCAGUGGAUUACACUGCAGUUAGAAGGAAGCCACCGAUUCACAAUUGA